CUCCAAUCUUGAUUUGCUAGAUGGGAACAAAAUACUCGGUAUGUGAUACAUAUAUACCCCUCGAUUUGCCCUCGCGCUAAGUCUAUUUUAAUCAUCACUGUCGCUUUUUAUCCGAGAUGAUGUCGCCGCUAAACGGGUUGUUUUGUUUGCUUGCGUUGAAUGGUCAUUACGGAUUACCUAUUGAAGGAUUAUGAUAAAAUAGGAAUGGGGCGAGGGAUGAUAUGCACUGCGUCUGCAGGUGUUUAAUUUAGAUCACAAAGGCAUCAUUUCCGGCAUAGUGCAGAGUCGCUAUCUUCCCCCUCCUCUGCACUGCGGCAUCUCUGCGCCCCACACACGGCGUCCUCACUCCACGGCCGGCCGCCGCCAACUGACCCACUCGCCGGGCGCCGCGACCUGACCCGUGUCGCUGCCGCGGCCUGCGCAAUAGAGUCGGGGCUGGAAUCCGGGGGUUCGGCCGGCCGGCCGCCUCUGGAGCGGGGGACUUUUUUAGUAGACCUACUGUACGUUCCAUAGAAAUUUUAUUUGUAUUUAUAGAUGGACAAUAUUGGAGAAAAAAUUUAUCUUUUUUUUUCACCAGAGGCGAGGAAUCGAUUGCAAGGCUAAAUAAACGCCUGAAUGAUAUCAAUAUCAACCUAUUUUGUGCAUUCAAAUUAAAAAUGUUAAUAAUGAAAUAUAACAAAACACAAGUGACAACGGAAGAAUAUGAAGGAAAGUAGGGAGAUGUGAAGUAAUUUUCCACAAAAGUUAUUGAAAAGUUCCAAAAAAUUUCCUCCGAUUCCAUUGCUACCAAAUCCAAUGUAUACGUGUUUUUGAUACAAAACUGACGCAGCAUCAUCUAUAGAUGGCCUUGCAUCAUUCACUUUUCACGCCGGCGUGGUUGGUUACUUUUGUCGUAUAGUUAUUUAUUUGAUAUUGCUAUAACUCGAGGGAGAUCCAAAAUCACGGAUUGUUGAAACUGUAUUUCUUCUGUUUGGCGAAGAACUUAUACCUUGAAUUGCUGGAUAUUUGAGUUUGAAGCUAGUGCAAGUUGAAGUGAUUGUAAAGCAAGAUCAAGAUAAGCAUAAGCAAAGCCCCACUUUGCUAGCUUGAGCUUGAACUUGAACUGGCGCCUACUUAGUUCAAUAAUUUUGAAACUGCUGGUUUUAGUUGAAGCAAGUUUUGGCACAUUUGGGCAGAAUGCCUGCUGCAGUGGAAGAUGACACCAUCAAGGUCGACAAGUGGGAUGGAUCAGCUGUGAAAAAUGCUCUGGAUGAUGCUGUCAAAGAGACGCUGCUCACCAAGUACAAGUACUCUGAGAGCCACUGGCUGAUGGACUGGCGGCUGGCCAUCUGCACUCUGGCGGUCGGCCUGUCGGGCCUGGCCAUCGUCUGGGACUUCCUGCACCCGUUCCCCGCCUCCAGGCCGGUGCUGAUUUUCUGCGUGUGCUCGUAUUUCGUGCUGAUGGGCGUGCUGACUCUGUACACCACCUACGUGGAGAAGAACAUCUUCCUAGUGGCUGUGCAGAAGGACGCCGCCGGAGUCGACCCUGACUCCAAGUGGGAAGUCAGCUCCUCACUCAAACGGUUCGAUGACCAGUACACCCUGUCCGUGCGGUACGUGGACGGCUCGUCCAAGCGCGAGCGGCAGGCCUCAGUCACGCGAUCGGUGGCCGCCUUCUUUGACGAGAACGGCGUCCUGGUGCGAGAGUGUCUGGUGCCCGUGGUCACCAAGCUGCACAACAGUCUGCUCUCGGGAAAGAAGGACAAGUAGGCAGCGCUGAAGAAGGGUGAAGAAGGGGCAACGGCCACGAAUAGUGACGCCACUGCCUUCGAAGAUGGAGGUGUUUUCGAAGAGGGAUGGGGUUGGAUAGGUGGAAGCUAUGAGCGGCGCACCCCAUGUCCGGGGGACCAACUAUCUCAUCACACUGGUGACCCAGCCAAAGGGGCGACGGCGGCGCCUGAGUUUCGGUCACUCCGCACGUGCUGGUGCAUAUGUGGCGGGUGACAGCGAGCGCUGCGAAGUGCUGUGUGGGAUGGAACUUUUAAUCGAGAGAUGCGAGGGUGAGGUGCGGGCGAACGCUUGCAACAGAGUUGGGUGGUGCGCGGCGCGCCUGAACGCGAGUGCACAGUUUCUUCGGGGCGUUUGGAAGGGGCUACUCUGUUGCCGGAUGCGUUAUUUUCGUGUCGUUUGGUGUCCUUUUUGGUGUCGCAAGCCUAGUUCGGUGUCCGUUUUUUCUUCAGAAACAAUACACAAAAGUAUCGGG